CUCGUCUUCCCUCCAUUCCACCAGACUUCCACCAACUAUUCAAUCAACCAAAAGAGCAUCCCCAACCAGGCUCAGCCAAGCGCGGAGAGCUCAAGCUCCACUCGCGACUCGACCCAAUCCGACCCAACCCAUAUUCUCAACCCCAUCAUCACAAUGUCCACCUACGAAGUCGAACACAGCACCCCCGACCUCUCCGCUCCCUCCCAAUCCAGCCAACGCCGCCGCCGCCCCGACCUCUCCACCUUCUUCGCCAAGCUCUCCGAACUCAGCUCCGACGAAGCCCGCUCGCGCCCCCAUGCCGUCCCCGUCCCCGGCGACAUAAGCGCCGCCUUCUACUCCCUCGCCGACGCGCUCAACGUCAUGCGCAGGGAGGGCGAAGGCGGAGGAAUCCCAACUGGUAACGGCGUGCCCGACCUCGGGGCGGCAUUUCACAGCGGUGGUGCCGCCGCUAGCGUCCAUGGGGAUGAUCUGCUGGCGCAGAUGAUCCAGACGCUGCUUAGUGAGGCGGAGACGCCGCCGAAGGAGAUUGAGGGGGUCAGUGAGGAGUUUUGUGAUGUCCUCGACCGUGUCCCCAAAACCAGCCUCAAGCCCUCCCAAUCGUGUCCCAUCUGCAAUAACCCCUUCCUGGAAGAUCAGUACCCCCUCGUCGUGCGGCUACCCUGCCACCCGACCCAUCUAUUCGAUCUAGAGUGCGUGCGGCCGUGGCUCCGCCUCCGCGGAACGUGUCCGCUUGACCGCAGGGACUUUGCAAAGGAGGAGAGGGAAAAGGCCGAAGCGCGCAAGAAGAAACCCGUUGAGGAUGACGAGGAAGAGUGGGAUGGAAUGUAUGGUUGAAGUAUGAUGAUACCGGGUCGGUUGAUUCCUAUCUUUCACGCUACUUGCUAUAUUGGACUGUUUUGAUGAGCGAUGCGGGGACUGAAAACACGAGCGCCUUUGCAGGAUGUGGUUUGUUGGUUGGUUUACAGUGAUGACUGGAUGAU